AUGAAAGUAUUUGCAAAGACGAUUUUGAUAUUCGGCCACGGUGCUGAAUGUGUUAGAGAUGAAUUUCAGCAAGUGCAACAAGCCAGACGUCUUAUUGAUCUCCGUUUCAUUCCAAAAGAUGUUAUGGAGCAUCAAGAGGGAUUUAAUUUGGUUGAAAUAGAAGGAGACAAUAACCUUUACAUUGAACAAUUCCGUGAAUUUCAAGUUUGCCACUAUGAUGAGGUUGUUGUGGAAAUAGGAUAUGUCAAUAUUACAAUCAAUAACGCUGCUGGUUUCAAAACACUGGUUGUCGCUGGAAUCAAGUGCUAUUACACUGUGACAAUUGCCCCAAAGUGCGAAUUCAGACCUUCUGAACCGAACUAG